AAACCCAGUGUGCUCCUUAGGUGGUUUGUGGGAGGGAAAAACCCUGAUACUUCUAUUGGUUCCUUUCAUCUGUUCCAUGGGGACUUAAAUUCACUGCAGGGACUGGUGAUGGUUUGCAGCUGGACUGCAAAGGGGAGAGGACUUUGUGACCUUUCAGCUUGCUCAAAUUACCUUUGCAAAUGGUGCUGUAUUGGAAGGGUUCUGAACCAGACAGCUGAAAAUACUUGAAAGGAGUUGCGCUGUUUAAGGGAUCAGGGCUUCCUCUGAAAGUCUGCCAGAUGGAUUUCCAGAGCUGGCUUGCCUUCCCAAUGGGAGUAUUGCUGUGCUGUGCUGUUCAAAUGUCUGCCAUUCAACAACCUGCAUCUCACAACUGCACCACUGAUGGUCAAGGAAUAUCCUUCAGCCACUCCUACAAGAUUGACCUGCCCACAUCCUCCCAGAUUAAGGUGGAGGCAGAUCCAUUACAGCAUGAAGACAACAAGGUGCAGCUAGAUCCUGGGGAGGCUGAGGAAAAUGAAGAGCAGAAUAUUAUCUUUAGGCACAACAUCCAUGUUCAUACACCCAAAGGGCACUGUGAAACUUUGACCCACAUUAAGGGUCUACUUGAGAGGAUGGAGAAGCUGGAGAAAGAAGUGGCAGAGCUGAGAGAAGUCUGCAGCCCUCAGAAGUGCUGUGGGGGAAGCCAAGGUGUCCCACAUUGCAAGGGCCGUGGGACUUUGCUCUAUGAGACUUGCAGCUGUAAGUGUGCCGAGGGCUGGGAGGGAAGCGACUGCUCCCGCCCCACCUGCCCCAGCCACUGCAGUGGCCAUGGGCUCUGCGAUGGUGGGAAGUGUAUCUGCGACGAGCCUUACUUUGGUGAGGACUGCGGCCAGCAGCUCUGUCCUGAGAACUGCAGCGGCAACGGCAUCUGUGACGUAGCCAAAGGGGUCUGCCGGUGCUACCAGGAGUUCACUGGGGAGGACUGCAGUGAGAAACGAUGUCCCGGGGACUGCAGUGGCAAUGGAUUCUGUGAUACAGGAGAGUGCUACUGCCAUGAUGGCUUCUUUGGCCUUGACUGCUCCCAGGUGCUUGCUCCUCAGAAGCUGCAGCUGCUGAACUCCACUGAGAACUCUCUGGCUGUCAGCUGGCAUCACAUGAUUGAUAUGGAUAAUUACAUAAUUAGCUAUUAUCCUGUAGGAUAUGAGACACUGGUGACACAAGUCCAUGUGCCCAAAGAGCAGCUCAGCUAUGAGAUUGUGGGUCUCCGCCCUGGCACCACAUAUAAUGUCACGCUUCGUCAUGUGAAGAAGGGGAUUGCCAGUGAGCCCAAAUAUCUAGAAGCAAGUACAGUCCUGUCUGUACUCAAUGCCAUCCGGGUGACAGACGAGAUGGAGCAUUCCCUGGAAGUGGAGUGGGAGAACCCACCAAAAGGUGUGGAUUAUUACAAGCUGAAGUUCAGACCCCUGCUGGAGAUGGAUGAGAAGCAGGUCAUGGUGCCCAAAAGCAAUGACCAGAUGAGCAGACACAUCAUGACUGGCUUGAAACCUGGCACAGAGUAUGAGGUCACCAUAAUACCUGUGAAAGAUGAUACAGAGGGGAAACCAUCCUCAGUGAGUGGUAGGACUGGACUUGAUAGCCCAACCAAUGUGGCAACUGACCGAGUGACAGAGGAUACAGCCACUGUCUCAUGGAAUAAAGUUGAGGCUCCCAUAGACAGGUACGUGGUGAGAUACACCUCAGCCAAUGCGGACAUCAAGGAAAUAGAGGUGGGGAGUGAAAAUGACAGCAUCACCUUACUGGACCUGAAGCCAGGCAUGGAAUAUGUCAUCCAGAUGUGGGCAGAGAAGGGACCCCAGCGGAGCAAGAAGACAAGCACCAAAGCCGUGACAGAAAUUGACAGCCCAACUGAGCUGUCAACCGACCAAGUGACAGAGGAUGCAAUUACUGUUUCCUGGAACAAAGUCCAGGCUUCAAUAGACAGGUACAGAGUGAGCUACACCUCGGCUAAUGGGGACACAGAGGAGCGAGAGGUGGAGAAAGACAAGAACAUCACUACCUUGGCAGGACUGAAGCCAGGCGUGGAGUAUGUCAUUUACAUCUGGGCAGAAAAGGGAGAACAAAAGAGCAAGAGGGCUAGUACUGAGGCUGUGACAGAAAUGGACAGCCCAAAGAAUCUGGUAACUGACCACGUGACAGAGGACUCAGCCACCAUCUCCUGGGAUGGUGUCCAAGCACCUAUAGACAAGUAUAUGGUGAGCUAUGCUUCUGCUGAUGGGGAUGCCAAGGAAAUAGAAGUGGGGAAGGACAGGAGCGCUACUACCCUGACAGGACUGAAACCAGGCAUGAAGUACACCAUCCAUCUCUGGGCAGAGCUGGGGAGCAAGCAUAGCAAGACAGUGAGCAUUGACACACUGACAGAGAUUGAUCCUCCUAAGAACCUCCAUGUAUCAGAUGUGACUCAUUCUACUGGCAUAGUUACCUGGACUCCUCCUGCAGCACAGAUUGAUGGCUACGCUCUGACCUAUCAGGGUCGUGAUGGCACGAGCAAGGAAGUACGACUGGGUCCUAGUGGACAACGGUUUGUGCUGGAAGGACUGGAACAAGGAGUGAGGUACACCAUCUUUGUGAUGGCCUAUAAGGGAGAUCGCCAGAGCAUAAAGACACGCAGUACCUUCUCAACAGUUAGCUUUCUCUACCCAUAUCCCGCGGACUGCAGCCAGAUGCAGCAGAACGGAAAUGCCUCCAGCAGCAUGUACACCAUCUACCUGAACGGGGAUGUCAGCAGGCCGAUGCAGGUGUACUGUGACAUGACCACUGAUGGAGGCGGCUGGAUAGUGUUUCAGAGGCGGAGCACUGGCAAGCUGGACUUCUACAAACGCUGGAAAAAUUAUGUGGAAGGCUUUGGAGAUCCCACAGGGGAAUUCUGGCUUGGUCUUGACAAGCUGCACAAUCUCACAAGCAGCAGCCCCAUCCACUAUGAGCUCCGGGUGGAUUUGCAGACAGCCACGGAAUCUGUCUACGCUGUCUAUGACUUCUUCCAGGUUGCCUCGAGCAAGGAAAGAUACAGGCUGUCAGUGGGGAAUUACAGAGGCAAUGCUGGGGAUGCAAUGACCUACCACAAUGGCUGGAAGUUCACAACGUGGGACAGAGACAAUGAUGUGUCUCUCAGCAACUGUGCUCUGACACACCAUGGUGCAUGGUGGUACAAGAACUGCCACUUGGCCAACCUCAAUGGGAAAUAUGGGGAGACCAAGCACAGUGAGGGGGUGAACUGGGAGCCAUGGAAAGGCCAUGAAUUCUCCAUCCCUUUUACUGAGAUGAAGAUCCGUCCUCAGUCUUCUCGUAAUAAGCCAGUCCUGGGGAGGAAGAAGAGGUCUCAGGGAAGGGGAAGAUCAGGCUUAAACUGAACUCUGUGCAGGACAGUAUCCAAAGACAUUUUUUAAAAUAUUCAAUAUUUCUUAACAAAGUUAGAUUCCAACAGCUUUCUCCAAUACAUUGAAGACAAUCACUGACUGGCGUGCACCCAGAGACCUCUGGAUCUGCAGUCCAGCCUGCUUCCAGCCUUUUGAGCUCCUGCUGGGUGAUCUGUCAGGGACUGGGAGGGGGCUUGUGGGGAGCAUCCAACUUGUAGCUCCCCUGUUUGACUAAACAUGACAAGGACCUGCUUGAUCCAAUGUAUGCAACUUCUAUGAACUUUACAUGAAACAAGUUUUAACACACGAUGUUGUUUCUCAAAACCCAUGUUGCUAACUCUUCUGAAUUCUGUCCUUUUCUGGUGCCAUCCACUUCAGACUGAAAAAAAAAUUUGAUCCCACUAAAAAAUAAUAGCUCCUUAAUGUACAUCAGAGAGCACUUUCCUGAGACCAUUCCUUCUCCGUCUUGGUCUGUGGUCCCUUUUUUUUUUAUUUCUUUCUCCUCAUAAUUUGGGGCACAUUCCCUACUCUUCUUCCAGUCAAAGAGCUGAGUUUUGGGAAAUGUUGUCAGGCUGCUGGCAAGGCUCAUUAACCCAGGUAUGGUCUGUAGUCUGGGUUCCUCAGCAUCCAGUAUCACAUCUCUCCAGGUGAUUUGCUCUCUGUUUUGCUUGUCUCUUCUUGUCUCCCAGUCCAAAGAAAAGCCUGAGGAGAGACACAGUGAGUUAAUGUUCUUGCUCCUGGGUGAGGCCCAGAACCAGGUGAGUGUAAGGGCUAUACUCGUCCAAGGUCUGCUCACCAUCCCAAGCCUGUCUCUGCAUACCGCUUGCCUAAGAGGCUAUUUACAAACCAUGAACGCAAUUCUCUAUGUGAUUGUCCCAUCUGCCACCUUCUGCUUUUUCAUUAGCAGUGUGGUAGCUAGUGAUGCUGAAAUGAUAAUGCUUGUCACCUGCCUCUAAAAUGAACACCUCUGAGUUAUAAACUGAUCCUGCAUGCUCUCUGUCAGGCUUUUCUUUCAGGCUGUCUGCAGAUUCCUAUGGGCCCCAGUGCAUGGUUUCACAUUUGGCUGCUUUUUCUCCUCACAGCUGUAAUGGUGAGUUUUAUUUUCUUUCCCUGAGCAGAUAUUGAAAUUCUGGACCACUAGCUACAGCCAGGGAGAAGUCUGAGCUCACCAAACGAUGCUUGCUCAAAGGCUUCCUUGUAUGAGCAGACUGGAACGCGAUUGUCCUAUGUCUUAAUGGCCUUUUCUAUCCCAGUGCUAAGCUGAGUAAUACAUUUUAAAGAAUCCUUUCCAGACUUUGGGGAAGCAAUAAAAUUUCAAAUAAAGGA